AUGCACUUAUUAAGUUUGUGUCUGUUGUAUGCUCUCGGUCUGAAAGAAAACACACGAAAUCGUGGUCAGAGUAUCAUAACACCGGGAGGGGAGUUCCGAAAUGGUCUGAAAGUUAUUCAGAAGCUUCCUGUCAAUAUUGAAGUUGAUUCGAAGACACGAGUUGGAUAUGCUGUAACGCUAAUGCGUCGCAGUGUACUAAAUCACUAUGCCUUUGCUCAGUACUUUGAAGAAGCGCUAGACAGUGAGACGGCUGUAUGGUCAAGCAUUUCCAAGGAUGAUUGGACGCUUAUUACCGAGAUGGAAGGGCUGACUAACCAACUCGCACAGUUUAGUCUGGGCGAGGUGCAAAAGCAGGGCGUGGCAAGCUGCGUACGUCCUACUUUUUCGCCAAAUGUUGGUUUUGGCUGGUGA